AUGAAGGGUGAGAUUGAAGUUAGAGACGCUUCGAAUGAGUCGCUGGUUGUGUUCAGCACAUCAGUACCGAACGGGACAGAUAAUUUCGGUGGGAUGCCACCGAAACUUUGCAUCUUUUUCGGUUGGAUUUCACCGGUGAGAAACUUAAUAUUCGGUGGGGAUCCACCUAACUUAUUGCCAACCACAAAUUUAAUCCAAGCUAUUUUGAUCUUACUCCCAUUGAAGGAACAAAAUCAAGGUGACGCCCCUACUGAAGGCAACAAUGUGGGAACAGAAUGUGUAAUGGACUAUAGUGAUCAAUUCACAACUUAUUCGAUAUUUAAUGGUAGAGAUGCAUUACUUCGAUGGGCUCGUGAACAAGGAAAAUUGAAUAAUAUUGUCAUUGUAAUUAAAAGGUCUGAUUAUGGAGGUGAGGGCAAGAGGAGACCUCGUGUAAUACUUGCUUGUGAGAGGAACGGUAACUAUAAGUCUUGCAAGUCUAGUGAGACAACUGAUAUAAGAUCGGAUGCAAAUAGUGAUAUGAAAAAAUGUGCUAGAGACACUGGUACCAAGAAAUGUGGAUGCCCAUUCUUGUUAAAAGGUGUCAAUAUUGGUGAUGGGGAUGAUUGGAAGUUGGAGGUGGUUUGUGGAGUACACAACCAUCCUAUUUCAGAGUAUCUUCAAGGUCAUUCAUUUGUGGGGCGACUUACUGAAGAAGAGAAUGCCUUGUUGGUGGACAUGUCUAAGAGUUUGGUGAAACCCAGAGAUAUUUUGGUCACCAUUAAAGAUAGAGAUGCAAUGAAUGUUUCAACUAUGAAGACAAUAUACAAUGCUAGGAUCCGAAAUAGAACCAAAGAAUUUGCUGGGAGAACCCAAAUGCAACAAUUGCUUACUAAGUUAUCCGAACAAAAUUAUAUUGAGUGGCAUAGGACAUCUGGGGAUAUUGUAACUGACCUGUUUUGGACACACCCCAUUAAUAUUGAUAUUUUGCGCGCAUUUCCACAUGUACUUAUCAUAGAUUGCACCUAUAAGACUAAUAGGUAUCGUUUCCCACUAUUGCAAAUUGUGGGGGUGACAUCUACUAAUAUGACAUUCUCUGUUGCGUAUAUGUAUAUGAAUCCUGAGAAGGAAGACAAUUACACAUGGGCAUUGACUGCGUUGAGGAGUUUGUUGGAUGAUAAUUGUCUUCCUGGUGUUAUUGUCACCGAUCGAGAGUUAGCACUCUUAAAUUCUAUUACGUCUAUAUUUCCGAAAGCACGACAUUUGUUAUGUAGAUGGCAUAUUAACAAAGGAGUGUUGGCAAACUGCAAGAAGUUAUUUGGGACCCUCAAACAAUGGAAGCAAUUUAAUGAUGAUUGGAAUACUUUGGUUGGUUCAGAAACGGAGGAGGAAUAUUGGCGUUGUUUGCGACAGAUUGAGUCUAAGUUCAAUGAAUUUCAAAAAGCUCUUGAAUACAUACAUGAAAAUUGGUUAAAUCCAUUUAAGGAUAGGUUUGUGGCCGCAUGGACAGACACUUGUAUGCAUCUUGGAUCGACGACCUCAAAUAGAGCGGAAAGUGCACAUGCAAAGUUGAAGCGACAGCUCCGCUCAAGCCAACUUAACUUUGAGAGAUCAUGGGUAACUAUACACUCAUUGUUAGAGCUGGAGCACACAGAGAUUAAGGCAUCUUUUGAAAAGAGUCGAUGUUUUAUUCAACAUAGGUUCAGGCAUCCUGAGUUGAGAGAGUUAGUAGGUUUUGUUUCUCUCAGUAGGCUCGGCAUGUACCUCAACAUUACUAUCCUGAGCAGUAGCUACAUCUUCAACCUCUGCGUCAACAUUACUAUAAUCAGUAGGAACUACAUCUUCAACCUCUGUAGUAUCCUCAAUGUUUGCUGGAGGCGAUGGCAAAGGGCUUCUUCGAUGGUGAGCAAAGAUCUGCGAUGGCAAGGGAUGAGUUCUUCGAUGUUCUGCGAUGCAGGCAACGGCAAAGGGAUUCUUCAAUGGUUCUGCGAUGGAGGUUGGUGUAAAUGGGAUGGGGUGUGCGAUGGGGUGUGUCUGCAAGAGGAGAGAAUUUUCGGAGGGGUGUGGCUGGAUAUCAGAUGGGGUGGGGUUUGA